CUCCAAUACCAUUACUACAAAAUCCUGCUACAAAUCAAAUUCCAACUCAAACCUAUGUUCCAGUAGGUGAUUUAAUCCAAUUAGAUGAUACACUCUCAUCACCUAUUCAAAAUAUAUCUUCAGACAAUGUUUCUUCAAAUCUACCCCAAAAUGAUAUAGAAUGGUUUGAUAAUAUGAAAGAAAGAUAUAAUGCAAGCACUGAUGAAAAAUGGCCUGAAUUAGCUGGAACCUUGCUCUAUGACUAUCCAAAAAAAAAUAUCAUAACUGUAGAAGGCAAUUUUGGUGGUAAAUCAGUAAGAAAAAAUUAUAAAUUAAUGAACAAAGAGUUAAUAUUUGAAGAAUCAGUUAUUCCAUCUCCUGAAAAUAUAAAAUAUAGAUUUAAUCAUUAUGUUGAAGACCGUAAUAAAUAUUUAGAAGCACCCUAUAUGCCCCAGCUUAUAGCAAAUACAAGAAAACAAAUUACAGAAGUUCUUAAAGCCGAAUUGUGUAAAAAAAAUCAAAUAAAAACUGCAUUAACUGCUCAAUGUAUAUAUUUUGGUCAUGUUAGCAAAGGAAAAGACAAACUUAAAAGUCUAUUAACUAUAAUUGCUUAUCACAGAAGCCUCAUGUGUAUUAUUCUUACAGAAGAAGAUAUCAAUGAACAUAUAAAUUUAUCUAUAUCAGAAAUAGAUAAUGCUAUAGACUUAUUUACGCAAGAAAGAUCAGGAAUAAAUUUGGUAAGGAUUGAAAUGUUAACUAUUGAAGCUUAUAAUUUUCGAAGAACAACUAGUGGGUCAUAUAUUUUUAAUCCAAAGAAGCUUGCUAAUACCAAAUGCAUAAUAAAUCCAGAUAAUUCUGAUAUUAUAAAUUCAGCAACAGGUAAGCCCACAGAUAAUUGUCUUAAAGGUGCAUUAGGUUGCUACUUUGCAGAUAAAGCAGGCAUAACAGAUCAUCUAGGAAGACGAAUAUAUAGAGCCAAAAGUUUACAACCAUAUCUGAAUAUAGUUAAUCUAGAUAGAAUCCCAAUGCCUACACCAAUUUGCUCACGUAUAUUUAAUAAGAUAGAAGAGAUGAAUCCAGAUAUUUCUAUUAAUGUUUGGGAAUGGAAAGAAGAAACAGCUACUCCCAAAGUGAUAAAAAAUUUAGAUGGGCUAGUUUAUGGGGAUACUGCUCAUUAUAGUAAAAGAUAUCUUUGUAGAAAAUGUACUAUAAGCUGGCCAUCAGAAAAAGCUUUUGCGAAUCAUUUUGAACAUUGUCUUCGUUUGGGAGAAGCAACUCAAAAAGUCAAAUUACCUAUCAAGGAUAUCAAUGACUUUGAGAAGUUUAAGAAUUAUGGACGAAUGAUCAAUGCUUCAUGUGUUAUUAUAGCUGACUUUGAGGCUGAUAAUAAGAAAUGCAAUGAGAAAUAUGAAGGGCAAAUACAAAAGCUUACUGAACAAAAGGCCAAUAGCUUUUGCUACUUGGAGUUUGUCGAAAGAAUUGAUAAAGAGUUGGUCAAAAUUAAUAGAGUUUUAGCUAUAAAACAUAAUCGAAUUGAGACUGACAAAGACAAAAAAAAAUUCAAUGAAGCAGAUAGUUGUUGGAUAUGCAAAGAUAAAUUCAUUAUAGAUGAAGAUAAAGUCAAAUGCUUAGAAAAUAAGGCAUCAUGGCUUAAUAAUAAGCUAAAAAAUACCUCAAUAAAUUCAGAAGAUUAUAAGACCUUAACAAAACAAAUUAAUAAGAUAACUAAAGAUAUUAAUCAAGAAAAGAAUAUAGAUAUAAAGGUUUGGGAUCACUGUCAUAUUACAGUUGUCUUUCAUAAUUUUCAGGGCUAUAACUCUCACUUGGUUUGCGAAUCUGUUGGAAAAUCAGUUAAUGCAAAUCAAAUCAAGGUUGUAACUGAGACAUUUGAUCUUACAAAAAAUUUGAGUAAUAAUCAUCCAAUAACAUCUAAGCACUUCAAAAAACUAGGCUAUACAAAAGAUCAAUUAGAUUUAGUAUAUCGAAAAGGAGUUUAUCCAUAUGAUUAUAUAGAUUCACAGGAUAGGUUUUUAGAGACUGAGCUUCCACCAAUUCAUGAAUUUAGUACAUAUCUUUGUGGUAAAAUUAGCCAAAAAGAUUAUAAGCAUGCCCAAAAAGUAUGGAAGGAAUUUAACUGCAAGACUUUAGGUGAAUACCAUGAUAUAUAUCUUAAAACCGAUGUGUUUAGUCUUGCUGAUGUCUGGACACAGUUGCAAAAAAUGUCUAUAGAAUAUGAUGGACUUUAUCCAAGCUAUUAUGUUUCACUUCCAGCAUAUUCUUGGGAUGCUAUGCUUAAGAUAACAGGAGCUAUAAGUCAGUAUUUGCCUAUUGAAAAUUAUAAAUGGGAGGUAAGUCGUAAAUAUCUUGAGGAUAAUCCAAAUGAGCAAAAGAAAUAUCUUGAAAAAAUUCUUAAUACUAAAGCAGAUGCAAAAAAAGGAUAUUUUCUAAAUAUUAAGGUGCACUUUCCUCUAAAAACUCAUGACUAUUUGAGUGAUUUACCUCCAGCUGUAGAAAACAUGGUUGUAAGUAAAAAUAUGUUGUGUCUUUAUACUACAGAGCUUGUAGAUAACUUAGAUAGUAGACGUUUCUCAGCUACAGAAAAAUUAGUAUCCCAUCUUGGGCCACGAGAAGAUUAUGUUAUUCACUACCAAGAGCUUCAAUACUAUGUAAAAUUAGAUAUGAUAGUAGAUGAAGUUACAGAGAUCUUAUCAUUUGAUCAGGAUAAUUGGCUUGCUCCCUAUAUAGCUUUUAAUACAGAAAAACGUAAUGAGGCCAAAAAAGCUAGAAAUACAUUCCUAAGUAACUUUUUCAAACUCAAAAAUAAUGCUGUAUAUGGUAAAACUAUGGAGAAUGUUUAUAAGUAUCAAGAUGUCAAGCUCAUGGCUAUAAAUAAUGAGCAAGAUGAAAAAAAUUUUAUUAACCAGAUUUGUAAACCCUCAUUUAAGUAUGCUAAACAACUUGGUCCUUCACUUAUAGGAGCACAUAUAGGAAAAGCUAGUAUAACUCUUAAUAAACCUAUUAUUGUUGGAGCAUCAGUCUUGGGUCUUAGCAAACUUCACAUGUAUUGCUUUUG